GGUGGGUGGAAUAAAGUAAGUAACUCAGUGGUGAACUGAAGAUGUCUGACAGUGCAGAGUCUCCAACAGAGACGCAGAAAGAAGAAACACAGCCGCCGUCAGAUGACUCGACGACGAAUGAUGAGAAGAAGAAAAUCGAUGUGCUGUUGAAGGCAGUGGGAGACACUCCUAUAAUGAAAACAAAGAAGUGGGCAGUGGACAGGGGGAGAACGGUUCAGUCUCUUUCACAGUUCAUAUCUCGCUUCCUCAAGCUUGAUGCCAGUGAACAACUAUUCAUCUAUGUUAACCAGUCUUUUGCCCCCUCACCGGAUCAAGAAGUAGGGGUCCUCUUUGAUUGUUUUGGAAGCGAUGGCAAGCUGAUUCUACAUUAUUGUAAAUCUCAAGCCUGGGGUUAACUUUCUACAGCUACAUGUUCCCCUCCUCAGUCCUCGUCCUUCUUAAAUUCACCUUCACAAACAUGACAACACAAUGUUUUUGUUUUUUUUUUUUCUCCUUUGACAUUUGCUGUCUUACAGUUUUUAUGUACAUACACUGUAAAUAAAUUAUUGUGACAUAA